UUGAACACAAAUCACGUAGGGAGAUUAAAAAGGGCCAAACUGAAAAUCUAUCGGUUAUUUUCUGACAGGUUUUUAGAUGUAUGGAGCUGCAGGGCUGGACAGACUCGAUUCAGUGGACAGUUGUGGCAGGGCUCUGUGACCCAGCCUCCCUCUCAUGUUACGGCCCUAUUUAUAACAUCUCCCACCCCUCCUUCAGUCCCAGCCCAUUGCCCAAAAGCCUGGCCACUGUUAGGAAGCACCUUUCCCUCUCAGCUGGGCCACAGUCUGCGCUAGACUGUCAACUGAGAUUUAGCUCUCCUUCUCAUCAUCAUCAUCAUCAUCAGCUUCUGCUGUUUAGCCGCGCUGCCUCGCAGCUUGCAUGGGAUUAUCACACACACACACAUUUACAGACACACUUUUUUCUUUUUCCUUAAUUUUUGUCGUAUUUUUUUUUAAGGAGAUACAGUUUUAAGUGAGAAGUAACGGAGCGUUUUGUGUUUCUGCUGUUUUUUUUUAGUCUUUGGGAAGUUUUCUUGUUGUGGUUUUUAUUCCACUAGCGGCUGGUUUCAUGCAUGCGAUGGAUCACACGCUGUUCGGCUGUUUGCGCAGCCCUCACGUCCCUCCGCAGGCCCUGCACCCCGCCUUUGCCCUUCACGGACGCUCCGAGAACCUCUCCUCGUACCCCAACCUCUCCACCUCCUCUCCUUCUUCUACCUGCAUCGUGAGCGGUUACCCAGGUGAGGAUGGGGGUCUGUUUGGGGGACACGGGCAUCAGCGAGGGCCGCCCAUGUCCCAGCAGCAUCAUCAUCAUGUACCCCAGCCGCAGCAGACCGGAUGGCACAUACCGCAGACGGCCAGCGUCUCUCCAGCAAGCGCUCGUCUAGGACUGGGGAUCUCAGCCCCUGACUCAGGCUCUUCAGAGAUGGGCCCCGGGGGACCCAGCCUCUGCGCAAGCACACCGAGCCUUGGCGGAGGGGUGCCCUCGGGUGCCUCCUGUGUUCCUGGAGGGGAUUUCGGACGUCAAACGAUGUCUCCAGCCGAGGCGGAGAAAAGGAAUAGCAAACGAAGAAGUGACAGCUCUGAGUCCCAAGAUGGGAAUUACAAAUCGGAUGUGAGCAGCAAGCCAAGGAAGGAGCGGACGGCGUUCACCAAAGAGCAGAUUCGAGAACUGGAGGCAGAAUUCGCCCAUCACAACUAUUUGACCAGACUGAGGCGGUACGAAAUCGCAGUGAACCUGGAUCUCACGGAAAGGCAGGUAAAAGUGUGGUUUCAGAACAGACGGAUGAAGUGGAAGCGAGUUAAAGGAGGUCAACAGGGGGCGGUAGGGAGAGAAAAGGAGCUUGUGAAUGUGAAGAAGGGAACGCUGCUUCCCUCUGAGUUUUCGGGAAUUCCUGGACUCCUCCAUACACCGGACUCGCUUAUCAACAAUGAGGACAGCCACGACAGCGACCAGAGCUCUGAGCACGCUCACUUAUGAUACAAACAGAUCCCUUCUGCCUUUCGUUGCUUAUCUGGGGUCAUGUUUAGUUCUGGAUUAUGCUAAGUACGGACUGAAAGUACUGUACACAAAGACUUUUUGUGCCAAUGAGGAGGCACUGCAACACAAUGCCUUUCAGAGUAGUGACAGUACUCACUAAACAUGUACAAAUGUACAAAGGACUGGUGUAUUGCUGUGCAUUCAGAUGAUACAGAAUAUGUGUGAUACUUUGGCAUCAAUAUUCACGAAGAAAAAGUGCCCUGCUAGUUUGACAGAAAUGUUUACACAUUUGAAAGGUGCUGUUAGUCAUUUUAAAAUCCUGCCUGUCAGCAAAGCCGAAUAGUGUCCCAUAUUUGUGUUGCUGUACACAGAGCCUAGGGACUUCUGUCAGGUCGUGUGGAUAUUCUUUGCAUGCUAUUCCAUAAAAGAAUCACUUACAGCACCUUUAAAGAACCCUUCUUCUGGCAGUCGAAUCUGGCCCAAUAACAUUCCAUAAUGUUCUUGCAUUGAAAAGCUUGUCAGUUUCUGUGCCUUAAUUUUUUUUUUACUGUAUGUUUUUGUACAAUGUUGAUGUCAUCGGAAUAAUGAUCAAUCAAGCAUGGUCAGAAACAUUUCAGAUAAUAUUAUGCCAUGUAAAUAUAAUUAUUGCUAUUUUAAAAAAUGUGACAGCUGUAUCAUGUGCACACAAUACCACAUGCUUCAACAAUAAACUUUUCGUAUGUCGCUUGGUAUGAUUUGUUCAUCGUGAAUUAUUCUUUCUUUGAAGUCAGCUAUUGAAAGAUAAUGUUGUUGUUUUUUGCCUUGUAUGCCGAAGUUUUUUUUUUAGCAAAUGUGUUUAUGAAUUUAUUGGUAUGCUGAAGAUUUCUGUAUAAUUGCAUUUACUAUAAUUUACCAACUAUUAUUUGUCAUUUUUCUUUGAUACACUUAAUACAAAAAUCAAACUCAUAAGCGCGAAAAGUACAGAAGCUUAUUUCCACCAUGGGGUAAAGAUAUAAAAAGGUAAUGGCUAUUUUUUUAUCUCAGAGUUCAUACUUUGUUCCACAAUUUUGAGUUUAAUUCCUCAAAAUUGUGAAACAAAUUCACUACUCACAUGUAUACUGUAGAUACACACACAGUUCUGAGAAAAAAGUCAGAAUUGUAAGAUAUAGAACUUGCAAUUGUGAGAAAAAAAAGUUGCAAUUUCCUUUUGGAUUUUUUAUUUCAUGGCAGAAACAGGAAAAAUUUAUAGAAAAAUCUAUAAA